AUGUCGCAGGUCGAGACCAACUGGGAUCUCGACAGCGACGAGAUUGCAUCGAUCGCAUCCGAAGAGCUCCACGAAAACAGACCCAACCGCUGGAAAGGUCCAAAGUCGACAUGGCGCCACUUCACCGAGGAAGAGCGCAUGCUGUGGCGCUCGAUGAAGCAGCUGCAGGAUGAGGACUUGGGCGUGCAUUUGUACAACGCCUUUGCGCUGAAGCAACGCGCGACGAACCCAGAGACUGCCAGAGACCUGGUGCUGCAAAUGGAUGAUGGCCAGGAGGCUGUGUGGGCGCCGCCCAAGAUGUGGACGGCCUGGCCCAUGCGGCAGAAGCAUCUACCACCCCUCGGCCUCUUCAAAGAUGAAAGCGAUGGAGAUGAUGAGUUUACUUUUCGUCGCAAGGAGAAUACCACGCCGAGCUCUGAGCUGAAAGCGGAACUCAUUGCCACGAUUCUGCGGACUGCCAAGGAGCGCUUUCGUCGGCGUAAGCCGCCUCAGCCCAUCAAGCCGUCGAUAGAAACUUCGGCUUCGCCGCGUCUGGGCGAUCAAAGCAGCGAUUCCUCUUCUGAUAAUCUAGAGAUGGAAUUCUCCGCGCGGCCCGCCGAGAAACAAGCUACUGACGUUUCCGUUAUUGAUGAUGAGCAGCCUAAUGCACGGGGCGGGAAGAAUGCUACUAAGACAUACGAUCCCGUCGUUUCUGCGGAUGAUGAUCUCUCGGCGUCGCUUCUUAAGCCAUCCGUGCAGCAUAUACUAUCGCAACUCGACAAGGCCCUCGCUAUUCUACACAACACACGUGUAGCUGGUCUCAGCUACCUGUCCGACUCUUCGGAGACGGAGACGGAGGAGGAGUCGGAAAUUUCUCCUGCCUCGACACGAAAACGAGGUCGCGGUCGUCCGCGACUGCCUCCUCAGCCGAGCGCUGCAGCCUCGCCAGGUGGUUCAACUUCACGUCGCGGGCGGCCCAAAAGGGUCCGCGUGCCGGAACACGGCGAAACGCAGGAGCAGAUGGAGCUGCGUCUCGCAAGGCUCGGUCACAGACGCCUACCCGCCACUGACGACGACCGCGAGGCGGCGUUCGAGGAAUGGCUCCGGCAGGGCGACGAGCGCGUCGCACGCGAGCAGCGCCGGCUCUCCAGCCGGCCUGUCUCCGAGGAGCCCGAGUCGCAGGACGACGAUGGCGCUGGCCGCAUGCUUGGCGACGACGGCAUGGACAGCGAGGCAAGGACCAAUGCGGAGAGAAAGAUUCAUCGCUGGGGCCUGCGCGACUGGAGCGACGUCGUCGGCGCCGCCGCCCUGGCCGGCUUCCCGCCGGGCGUCAUUGCGCGCACGACGCAGCGCUGCGCAAACCUGUUUGGGCAGGGCAUGGCCCUCUCACGCCUCGACGAGGCACCCGCGGCGCGGGCCGCCGCGAGCGUCCGCAUCACCACGUACCAGCCAGAACGCAUCCAUCUGUCGGCGUCUCCGAGCGAUAGCGACGACUCGGACGCCGGUGAGGACUCGGACUACGACGAGAUGGAACGCGCAGCUAGCCUGAAGCAGCGCCGCAUUGCAUCGCGCCAAGCGUCCCUCUCGCGCGCCAGCCGCGAAGCCAGCGCUGACGUGGCCCGCGGCAGAGGCCGGCCAACCGUCACCGCCUCGCCGCGCAGCGGCUCCCAGCAGCACGACGGCCCCGCGUCCCGCUCGCAGUCGCGCUCGCGCUCGCGAUCGGUGACGCGGUCCUCGGCAGGGCUCAUGUUCUGUCCGCUUGCGUCGUGCGACCGCGCCGCCACCGGCUUCUCGCGGCGCGCCAACCUGCGGCGGCACAUGCGCCUCGUGCAUCCCGGCCACAACGGGGACGCCGCCGCCGCUGCCGCCGUCGUCGUGGCCGAGGACAGCGAGGACGAUACGGUGGGCGCGGUCCACGUCGACGGGUUCCUGCGCACUGUCAACCCGGGCAAGGGCUGGCGCGGCGAGGAUGCUCUGAGCAGGAAGAGGAGAGGGGCACACGUGCGAACAGCGACGCCGCCGACCGAGAACAUGGAUAUAGCUUCUUCUUCUGAGGAUUCCGAGUAA